UGAAGAGGGCAUUUUCGUCAAAAUGGGCCUCAGACACCAAAACCAGAGAAGAUAAGGCAAAUGUCCCCGGCACUGCGAUAGAACAACAGUCCGACGUUGGACUUCCGAGUCUCAUGUGAAAGUGCACUGCUCCUCUAUGCUGAUUGAGCCUCGCAAGGAGGGGGACAUGGAAAGCAAUGGGAAUCAGAAUGGUGGGAGUAUUAUGUGGUUCUUCCGGGACAGGGGGUUUGAUGAUAAAAGCAUAAAUGAGAUGCUGAAAAGGUGCAAGCGGCUCGAAUCCGUGCAGAGGGAACAAGCCUCUGAGAAUUGGGACUACUUGAAAAGCAUAGGGAUCCAAGAGAGGAAGCUCCCCCAUGUUAUCUCGAAGUGUCCCAAGAUCCUUGCCUUGGGGCUUGACGAUAAGCUUGUUCCCAUGGUUCGGUGUCUUGGUACACUUGGGACUAAACCGGACGAAGUCGCUUCAUGCAUUGCUAAGUUCCCUCACAUAUUGUCUCAUAGCGUGGAGGAGAAGCUAUGUCCACUCUUGGCCUUCUUUCAGGCUGUAGGGGUUCCUGAGAAGCAAAUCGGGAAGAUAAUCCUGCUUAACCCAAGGCUCAUCAGCUACAGCAUUGAGUCUAAGCUGACAGAAAUAGUAGACUUUCUCGCUGGUCUCGGCCUUGACAAAGAAGGAAUGAUCGGUAAAGUUUUGAUGAGAAACCCAUUCAUCAUGGGAUACAGUGUCCAGAAGAGGCUUCACCCCACUGCCGAGUUUCUAAAGUCGAUUGGCCUGACGGACUCAAACAUUAAAGCCGUAGUGAUGAACUUCUCCGAAGUCUUGUCUAGAGAUGUGAAGAAGAUUCUCCAACCCAAUUUCCAAUAUCUGAAAAGAUGUGGGUUUAAGGACAGAGAGAUAGUUUCUUUAGUGACUGGUUACCCUCCGAUACUGAUCAAGAGCAUAAGGAACUCGUUGGAACCCAGGAUCAGGUUCUUAACGGAAGUGAUGAAUAGGCAGCUUGAUGAAGCUGCUGAUUAUCCUGAUUUCUUUCGGCAUGGCCUUAAAAAGAGAGUAGAGUUGCGGUACAAACUUUUGAGUCGGAAAGGUAUAGUUUGUAGCUUGAGUGAGAUGUUGGACUGUGACCACAAGAAAUUCGUAAUGAAGUUCGGUUUGAUUUAAGGAUCUAUAUCAGUUUCACAAUAUUAUCAGCCUAACUUCAUACUCAUUGUAUUGUAUUGCGGUUUUGUAUUAUGUACUUUUCCCCCCUCUAUUGUGCCGUGAGGUAACUUAUUCUUGUC